AUGAACAAAAUUAGAAAGAUUUACUAUGAUGAAGAAGAUGAAAAUAAAGAAUCUACUGAAAAUUAACUUUUUAAUAUUAAAUUAUUUUACUAUAAAGUUUUAGAUGAAUAAUGGAGACCUUAAACAAGAGAAUUUCCAAGUCUUACUUUAGUUAAUACUUAUUUAUAUCUAUAUGGUGGGAGAGGAAAUGAAAUAUUUAAUUAGCUAUGUGUUUUAGAUUUUUAAACUUGGUAAUGGACAAAUAUAUAAAAUAUACCUUAAUUAUCAGAAGGUAGAUAUGGACAUACAGCGAAUACAUUUAUUAAUUGA